CACUGUGGAUGGCCAUUGUUCGUUCGUUUUCCAGUUCGAUCUAUACUAUACUCUGUGUGUGUGUGUGUGUGUGUGUGAGAGAGAGAGAGAGAUCAUGCCCCCUCGCUCGGCGACUCGUAAGAAGUCGACGCCGGCGUCGGCGAAGGCAAAGAAAUCGACGCUAAAAUCGAAACAAUCGGUCGUCGAAUCGACUCCGGUCGAUCAGGAAAAAAACGUAGAAUUAGCAAUCAAAGGCGAAGAAUUGGAAGCCACCACGGAGGACAGUUCUUGUAACAAUCAACGAGAAGGGGUGUCUGCUGCGGUCAACGACGGAGAAGGCGAACAGGCGGUGACCGGCGUCGGGAAAAUCAACCCAGGAUUUGUUGACGCGAAUCCUGGGUUCGGACCGAUGGUAAAGGAGGGAGCAGUUGAGGAAGAGAGAGACGUGAAAGGUGUGAAGGGAGAUCAAAUAAAGGUGACGGUUGAGAGCUUUGUAGAGGGUGGAGAGAGAGUGGAGAGUGUUGAGAGAGAGGGCGGGCACGAGAAGAAUGAUAAUGUAUACGCGGCUGAAGGAACGGAGAAAUGUGACAAUGCAGCUGAGGGUGAACAGAUUGAGGGAAGAGAUGGCGAUUAUGGUGGAGUGCAACUGGCUAUUAUUCCAGCUGAGGAGAAUGGAGCAGGGGGUGAACAGAAUGAGGGAAGAGAUGGCGAUAACGAUGGAAUUGGAACUCAAUUGGCUACUAUUCCAGUUGCAGAACUGUACUCGAGUAACAAAAGAAUUGCUGCUGCUCAAAUUGGUGAUGCUAAGGCAAUUGGUGACAAAAACAGUGCUCUUGUUAUAUAUGAGUGCGGGGAUGGGAAAGCAGGGGAUGAGGUGGGUGGAAUGCAUGAUACUAGGGAUAGUGAGGAAGAUGACAUGGUAGGCAACGAAGAUGAGGAACACACUUCUGUAUUUUUCGAUAAUCAUUUUAUUGAGAGGAGAAAGGAAAAGAAUUUACAAAUUUUUAUUGGAAGGCUAGAUAAAGGGGCUGUUGAGGAUGAUCUGAUCAAAGUCUUUGGGAAGUUUGGCGAAAUAAGAUCCGUUAGGUUAGCAAGGAAUCCGACUACAAAUCGGAGCAAAGGAUAUGCAUUUAUAAAAUAUGCAACUGUUGAGCAAGCCAAAGAUGCUCUGUCUGCAUUUAAGGACGGGAUCCAGGUUGGAGGCAAGCAUGCUAAGAUAUCAGCGAGCCAGGACAAUGAUACACUUUACAUGGGCAACAUUUGCAAAUUAUGGACAAAAGAGCGUGUACUGGAAGCAUUGAAAAGCUAUGGGAUUGAGGAUAUUGAGGAGAUACAUUUGCCAAAUGACCCUCAGAAAGAAGGGAAGAUCAGAGGAUUUGCUCUUCUGGAGUUCAGCACCCACUCAGAUGCGUUAGCAGCAUUUCAACGACUAAGAAAACCAGAUGCAGUCUUUGGUCGUGAUAGAAGUGCUAAGGUUGCUUUUGCACAAACCCCAAUGCAUCCUAACGAGGAAGUUCUGUCUCAGGUUAAGACUGUCUAUGUGGAAGGCCUAACUGAUGCUUGGAAUGAACGGAAACUAAAAGAAAACUACAAACAGUUUGGUGAGGUUGUGAAAGUUAAGUUAUCUCGGAAUCUAGGCACCAGACGCAAGGAUUAUGGCUUUGUAACAUUUUCUUCUAGAGAAAGUGCCCUGGCUUGCAUCGAAGGGAUUAAUAAUGGUUGUAUUGGAGAAGGAGAUGUGAAGGUUAAGGCUAGCAUUGCAAUGCCUCAUUCUAAGGGGCGGCUACAAAAGCAAGGUAUUCGUGGUGGAUUCAAGGUUACGGGAUUCGCAGAAGGCCCAUCAACAAAAGAAGAGAGUGGAAGAGAAAACAAAGCUGUAUCUCCAAAGAUGGAAGGUCAUGCAAAGUCUAAAAAAGCAAAAAAGAAGGCAAAGAUGCUGGCUGAAGAAAAGGGAAAGGCUCUUUGCAAGCCGGAAAUUGAUGGAAGUGGUAAACCAAAUAAACACCAGACUGUCACUGACGAUCAAUUUGUUCGACCAUCAUCCAAGUUAGAAAAGAGAAGUCGCAAGAGAAAGAGUCUGCACUCUCAGGUUGAGGGCCGUGGGAAGACAGGAGCUGACCAUGGUCAUAAUGACAAGCGAUUAAAGAGGCAAAUGGGCAACAAGGGGGGCAGGAAAACCAAUGAUUCGAGGAAGCCAAAGAGACAUCUGCAUGGUAGGAAAGGGUCAAACUAUGGUGCAGAUUCCAUCAAAUACAGAAAUCCAAGUGUACCUGGAUUAGAUACAUCUUCUGUUAGUCACCAGAGUCAUGCCUACGCCACCACCAUGUCUGGAUCUAAAAGGCCCUAUGCCGAUAUGGAGCCACACGCUGGGUACCUUGAGCCUGUUGCUCAGAAGCAAGUCCAAAGAAUUUCAGGGUACAUUGAAUCUCCUUUUACAAUGCACUAUCAACCUCUUGCAGGAUACCAAGAAAGUUCAGUUGUGACACAAAGCCAACCUCAAACAGGAUACCAUGAACCUGUUCGUGUAAAAUACAGUGUACCUCAUGUAGAGUAUCUUGUACCCGGUGUUGGAACUUAUGGCCAACCUCCCGCUGGAUACCUUGAACCUGCUGUUGGAAGACAAAGUCGAACACAUGCAGUAUAUUCUGAAUCUGCUGUUCCAAAUUACAGUCAUGAUCCAUACUUGAGAAGAGGUGGUGAACAGGAUCUCCAUGCCAGUAGUCACUCUGCAUAUGGGUCAGGAUAUUCUCUUCCACCUUCCUAUGUUCCAAGUUACCCCUAUGUUGGAUAUGAGGGUGGUAGCAGUGUUAGUGGUCAUUACCAAAGCAGUGGAGGAGCACACCUACCUCGAAGGGCAUACUACUAGGCGAAAACAAGAGAGAGAUGCGGAGUUUUUAACUUUUCUCAACUCUCAAGAAACCUGUUCUUGGAUCUCUCUCUCUCUCUCUCUCUCUCUCUCUCUCUCUCUCUCUCUCUCUCUCUCUCCUGGUUUCAUAUAAUCUUUGUCAACGCAACUCAAUCAACAUGUAAAUUCUUUAUACACAACAAUAACAAUACCCAUUUAAUCUACAUGUAUAAAGUGAUUGCUCUAAGAAA